AGAUCUUCCUUCUCCCUGAGGCUUUUAUAGCUGAGUUGCACACACGUUAUAUCUCUCUAGCUAGCAGGAGAAGAACUUGCAGCUCUUUCAUUCCUUCCAGAAGCAGGAAAGAAAACACUUGGAAACAUGGCUGGGAAACCUAAGCUUCAUUACUUCAAAGCAAGAGGCCGAAUGGAAACCAUCAGGUGGCUAUUGGCUGCAGCAGGAGUAGAGUUUGAAGAGCAAUAUAUUCAGUCAAAGGCAGAUCUAGAAAAGUUAAGACAAGAUGGAUUCCUACUCUUCCAGCAAGUGCCCAUGGUGGAAAUUGAUGGGAUGAAGCUGGCGCAGACUCGAGCCAUUCUCAACUACAUUGCAGAAAAAUACAAUCUCGGUGGGAAGGACAUCAAGCAGAGAGCACUAAUUGAUAUGUAUUGUGAAGGCACUAUGGACCUGAAUGAAAUGAUCAUUCACCUGCCCUUCAAGCCAGCUGAUCAGAAGGAGAAGGAAACUACAGCAAUAAUUGAAAAAGCCACUGACAGAUAUUUCCCAGUCUAUGAAAAGGCUCUCAAAGACCAUGGACAGGAUUUUCUGGUGGGGAAUCAACUCAGCAGAGCAGAUAUCCAGUUGCUUGAAGCCAUUUUAUCUACAGAAGAGCUGAAGGCUGAUGUCCUCUCCAAGUUUCCUCUUUUAAAGGCUUUGAAAACAAGACUAAGCAACAUCCCUAACAUUAAGAAGUUUUUAGAACCCGGUAGUCCAAGAAAAUCACCCCCUGAUGAGAAAAUGAUUGCAGAAGCAAUAAAAGCUUUCCAAUGAUUUGUUUCACUGAAGAUUGUAGCUGGUCACCAUUGUAUGUUCAAGUAAAACACAAAAAUGAAGAUGGGGAAAUGAUUUCAAAUCAUCCCAAAGGUCUGGGUAAAUCCACUCAAUUACAUUUAGAAGCUAUAUUAAUAACAGAACCACAUGACUCACAUUGUACCAUUAGACUAACAUGAAAUAAAUAUCUUACAGUA